AUGGCCGCCGCCGGCGAGGAGGCCGUCAGAACACGUACAACUGAUCUUUAUCCCCUAGACCUGGUGAGUUUCACACCAGGGCGUGCUAUUUCCAGUGUCCUUGACCGCGGCCUGGUGCUUCCGAUGACCGGGGACGACGCUAACACGUUCAAGAUGCUCCGCAUCGACGGAUCACUGGUGUCCAAGAAGACUGAUGACAUCGCCGUCAUCGACAGGAGCACUCUCUGCGUCGGACAGAUCGUCGGGUCGGCGUCUGAUAUCGGCGGCCAGAUCGGUGUCGUAACCGGCGUCACCACAAUGCUCGAAGUCGUCCAGUUAAACAGCCGCUACCGACCGACGAAGGUUGUAAUGGGCGCGACGGCUGACGUACGGCGCGUCCGGGCGCUUAGCCCUGGCGACUACGUUGUGUCCGGGCAGUGGCUGGGCCGGGUGGUCGAAGUAUCUCAAGACAUCGACGUAUUGUUCGACGACGGCGCGGUCUGCAGGGUCACCGAUGCAGAGUGGAAGAAGCUAAAACUAGCGAAGCCCCGUAACUACCGUUACCAGAUGAACACCCCCUUCUACCCGGGGGCACGCGUCGUCACCCCUGACUCCUCGGACAUCUUCAUAGACGCGCAAUGGCUAAACGGCCAAUGGAAGCCGGACCGCCAAGAAGGGAAGGUGACCAAAGUGGAGAUGGCCAGCGUCCUUGUCUACUGGAUCGCUUGUGCUGAACUUGGCAUUGACCAACGACUUGUCAAUGAGUUGGCCCCUCCGGCCUACUACAAUGCUGACGACCUGACUUAUUUCUGCUCUGACCCCAAUUGCACGUGGGGUUUAGGCGACCGUUGCUUUCUUAGUACCGACCAUGACGAGCAACAAUACACAAGUUCACAGUCGCCGGUGCCACCACCCACCAUGACCGUCAGCAACACCUACACAUCAGUCGAUGUCUUGUGGCAGGAUGGCACGCGGCAACAUGGGGCAGAAUCAACGGUCACCAACCCCAUGAGUUUCACCAACGACUUCAAUUUUUUUCCUGGGCAGUACGUUGUUGAGAACUCUCCUACUAAUGAUAUCAUCGUUGCCGCGGUUGAUGGUACGGGAGAUGACAUCGUGUGUGGAUCAACAAGGCGCAUUGGGGUGGUCAGAAGCCAAAGUUCCAAAGACCACAUGGUGAACGUGUCGUGGUUCAAGGCGGCGUCCACGUCCACAUGUUGGGAGAUCGAAUGCAACGAUGUCGCAAGUGCAUAUGAUCUCAGAAGGGACCCUGACCACUCGGUUUUCUACGGUGACGUCGUCGUUCGUCUGCUAUCAGAUGUAAGUGAAGGUACACCGGUAGGGCAGCAACAACCACAAGAAAAGAAAGCCUCGAGCAGUCUUUCAUGGGUAGGGCGCGUUGUUGACCUUCAUGACGGCCACAUCCAAGUCAAGUGGGGCGACAGCAGCACCUCAACGGUGUUACCCCAUGAGAUCACUGUCGCUAACAAGGAACACUACACACAACUAGUGCGGGUGCACGGGUGGGCGGAGGAGGACGAUGUCGAUGCUCCUCAAGCAGACAAUGAACAACAUGAUCCAGAAGAUGCUACAGAAAUCGAAGGCGGUAUGAUUGAUGACAGUGUCAUCUCAGUGGAUGAAGUAGAUGGCCUUACUGCAGCCAUUCAGAAAGUGGAAGUACAGGAAGAUCAUAACGCAGAUGAUGAUAGCGACGAAGAAUAUGACCAAACUGUGAUGAUCAAGUCUAAAGAUGCCACUGCAGAUGAUGAUCUGUCUAAAUUCCCACGAUUCGAUGUAGUGAAGAGCCCUCCGGAUCACCAUUACAUUGACAUCACGCACGAGGGUAGCAGCGGCGGAAGGAGGUGGGUCAAGACCGUGCAGAAGGAGUGGAAAAUACUAGAGAACAGCUUACCAGAAACCAUUUACGUGCGUGCCUUCGAGGACCGCAUGGACCUGCUACGAGUGGUGAUGGUCGGCGCAAACGGGACACCAUACCACGACGGUCUCUUCUUCUUCGACCUGCAGCUGCCGCCGUCCUAUCCCGCCGAGCCACCACAAGUGUUCUAUCACUCUUUUGGCCUACGCCUUAAUCCCAACCUCUAUGAGUCUGGUAGCGUGUGUCUCAGUUUGCUCAACACGUUCGGCGGUGAGGGCACCGAGGUCUGGUUGCCGGCUACAUCCAGCAUCCUUCAGGUCGUUGUUUCCCUGCAGGCUCUCGUCCUCAAUGACCAGCCAUAUUACAAUGAAGCUGGCUACGAGGAACUGAUCGGCAAGCCUAUGGGUCGCCGCAACGCACUGCCCUAUAGCGGGAACGCCUUCUUGCUCACUCUCCGAACUGCCCUACACCUGCUGCAUCGAACGCCAAAAGGAUUUGAGCAAUUCGUGAGGGAUCACUUUCGCCAGCGCGGAAGAUACGUGCUCGAGACAUGCCAGGCGUACCUACGGGAAGGUGUGCCUGCCGGUCAUGGGAGCAUGGACCUGUCGUGUUCCAUAGGCUUUAGGACCACGCUUGCCAAACUAGUGCCGAUGCUGGUGGCAGCGUUCACAUACAUUGGCGCCCAAGGGUGCGACCACUACACUGUCACCAGUCACCACCACCAGACAGACGUUCUCGUAUGA